GUCAGCGAAGGGGUCCGAUCGAACUCCCGCGCUCUCCCGCCGCCUCGCUAGCCAGGUCUGAAUUUCGCCGGGGCCAUGGAGGGGGUCGCGGCGGUCACGGCUGGCAACGCGGGCGCUGCCACCGCGGAGGGAGCCGCAGCCAUGCCGCCCCCGCCUCCCGCCUCCCCACCGGCCCUCACCCCGGCGCCGGCGGCCGGCGAGGAGGGCCCGGCGUCUCUGCCCGAGGCGGGGGCUCCAGGCUGCUCCGGCUCGCGGCCCCCUGAGCUGGAACCCGAGCGCAUCCUGGGCCGCUUGAGGGGCCGCUUCGAGGACGACGACGAGGAGCUGGAAGAGGAUGAGGAGUUGGAGGAAGAAGAGGAGGAGGAGGAGGAAGAGCUGAGCCACUUCUCGCUGAGGCUGGAGGGGGGCCGGCCGGACUCUGAGGACGAGGAGGAGCGCCUGAUUAAUCUUGCUGAGUUGACACCAUACAUCUUGUGUUCCAUUUGCAAAGGUUACUUAAUAGAUGCAACUACCAUUACAGAAUGUCUUCAUACCUUUUGUAAAAGCUGCAUUGUGAGACAUUUUUACUAUAGCAACAGAUGUCCAAAGUGCAACAUAGUUGUACAUCAGACACAACCACUUUACAAUAUAAGGUUGGACCGACAAUUACAAGAUAUAGUGUACAAAUUAGUGAUCAAUCUAGAGGAAAGAGAAAAAAAGCAAAUGCAUGAUUUCUAUAAAGAAAGAGGUCUAGAAGUACCUAAACCUGCUAUUCCACAGUCAGUCCCUUCGAGCAAAGGAAGAACUAAGAAAGUCCUAGAAUCAGUGUUUCGUAUUCCACCUGAACUUGAUAUGUCUUUAUUACUGGAGUUCAUUGGUGCUAAUGAAGGCACGGGACAUUUUAAGCCAUUGGAAAAGAAGUUUGUUCGAGUUUCAGGAGAAGCAACUAUUGGGCAUGUAGAAAAAUUCCUCAGAAGGAAAAUGGGUCUUGAUCCAGCUUGUCAGGUAGAUAUCAUUUGUGGUGAUCACUUGCUGGAGCAGUACCAAACUCUUAGGGAAAUCCGACGUGCAAUAGGUGAUGCAGCGAUGCAGGGACUCCUGACUGAGAAGUGGAAAGGGAUCCAGCAGUGUUCAUCAGGGAUACGUGUAUAAGAGAGAUGGUCUGCUUGUCCUUCAUUAUGGUCUUGUGGUUUCUCCUCUGAAAAUAACUUGAAGAUGCUAGGCAUACUGUGAGGAAGGAAGCAAAGUAAGAUUUCUACAGGACUGUAUCUCACCAAAGAUUUCCGCAAAACAUGUAAUCACUACUACGCUGUGCUGUUCAAUACAUACCUUAUCUACUUUCAGCACCAGGAAUCCUAGCAUAUAGAGAUACAGUUGGAACGAUGGAAUGCACCUGUUUCACUAGAGACUAUAAGUAAAAAGCACCAGAGCUCAGGGGAAAUUUUUCAAAACAACAUAUUUUGAAAUUCCUUGUGAUUCCAUAUACUUUGACAUUGAUUUUUUUGCUUCCCAUCUUUGAGGUAAAAUGAUAAGUUUUCUCCUUUGUUGAGCCAUAUCCCUUUCAAGUUGGCAGUAAGGAUUCUGUUCUGUGGAACAGCAUCAGUUGGACAGUCAUCCUUUUGGGAAAAAGAGGUAUAAAGAGGCAUGCUUUUGAAUGGGAGAUUCAAAGCCAGUCUUUGUUAAACCGCAGGGUAUACUCUCAAAGACCAAAACUACUGGCUGCUUUUGUACGUUGCUAUCAUAUUUUGAACUUGUGAUUUUUUUGUUUGUGUGUGUUUUUGUUUUUCUUAAUACCAGCAAUACUACUAAAGAAAUGUUUGUUCAUAAAAUGGAUGAAUUAUCAUUCUGUGUGAAGAGACUGUUUCCUGGAGGGUUUAUGGACUGUGUCAUAAGCCUUCAGUGUAAUAAGACUUCUUAACAUAUCUUACAAUAAGAGGUGCUUAUUUGUGAUGACAUAUUUAAUUUUAUUUGCAUACAUAGUAUGAAUCAUUGAUACCUUAUAAUGGCACUCCUUCUGAAAGUAAUAAAAACAUUUCAGGUGAAUUUCAGAAGUUUACAGAAUACUUAUUGUUUCCUCAGUAAGUCAGUUUAAUGUUCAUUUUCCCAUUAUUUUGUCAUUGGGAUAAAUAAUAACAGUGUUUGAAAGCUGCUCACUUUCAUGCAAACUCAAUUUUGAACAUUAUUUUGCCUAAAAUUAACCUCCUAAUUCUUUUCUAAAUGAAAUAUUUUAUAGACUCUAUUUCACAGCAAAAUUUUGGAAUCUGUAUAAAACUUAAAAAAUUGGACAAGGAUUGGCAUUUGUUUUGUAAAGAUCUGUGAAUUGUGUAUAUAUCUCUUCUAACAUUUAAUAAAAAUUUAUUUUG